AUGAGGUUUCUACGUGCUUUCACGGCAAUUGCUUGUGCAGCUCAAGCUGUAGCUUUGUCGAUUAAUAUUGGUGGAGAGCAAAUGGUUGUUGAGAGAGACGAUGGACUUCAGAAUGUUGUCACAUAUGAUGAACACUCCUUGAAGGUAUACGGAGAACGCAUAUUCGUCUUCGCAGGAGAAUUUCAUCCAUAUCGACUUCCAGUUCCAGAUCUAUGGGUCGAUAUUUUCCAGAAAGUAAAAUCACUUGGUUUCAACACAAUUUCCUUUUAUGUUCAUUGGGCUUUGCUGGAAGGGAAUCCGGGACACUACACUGCAGAUGGGGUCUUUGCUUUUGAACCUUUCUUUGAAGCGGCAAAGGAAGCGGGUAUAUAUCUUAUUGCUCGUCCAGGUCCGUACAUCAAUGCCGAAUCCUCUGGCGGUGGUUUCCCUGGCUGGCUUCAACGCAUAAAAGGUGUUCUACGCUCUCGAGCACCAGACUAUCUCGCAGCAACCGAUAACUAUAUUGCAAAUAUAGCUACUCUAAUCGCCAAAUAUGAAAUCACAAAAGGGGGACCCAUUAUUCUGUAUCAACCUGAAAACGAGUACUCGGGAUUUCUUGGAUAUGUUCCAGGCGGAUGGCCAGAUCCUGAGUAUUUUGCUUAUGUGAAGAAACAGGCGCGAGAUGCUGGAGUUACGGUACCAUUUAUCAGCAAUGAUGCUUUUGCAGGAGGACUUUUCGCACCAGGUGAAGUUGUCAAUGGAACAACCAUUGGAGAUGUUGAUAUAUAUGGUCAUGAUUCUUACCCAUUGGGUUUCGAUUGCGCACAUCCAACUACCUGGCCUUCUGGAAAUUUACCAACUUCUUUUGCGGCGACUCAUGAAGUACAAAGCCCCAGCACAUUCUAUUCAAUAAAUGAGUUCCAAGGUGGGGCUUUUGAUCCUUGGGGUGGCCUGGGAUUCCAAGCAUGUGCUCAACUCUUGAACGAGCAAUUUGAGAGAGUCUUUUUCAAGAAUGACUUUGCUUCGGGUGUUGGUCUUUUGAGCAUAUAUAUGAUAUACGGUGGUACUAAUUGGGGAAAUCUUGGCCAUGCUGGUGGUUACACUUCAUACGAUUACGGUGCUGCUAUCUCCGAGAACCGUGAAGUAGACCGCGAAAAGUACAGUGAACUCAAGAUAGAAGCCAACUUCUUGAAAGUUAGCCCUGCAUAUCUCACCACAACCGUUGGAGCCGCUGUCACUAGUACUUAUACCAGCAGUAACACCAUUGUCACCACUCCACUCUUCGGGAAUGGAACAGUUACAAACUUUUAUGUUGUUCGCCAUUCAGACUAUCAGACUUUAGCUGCGGCAACCUAUAAGUUGACUGUGGCUACUAGUCAAGGCGCUCUCACCAUUCCUCAAUUAAAUGGAAGUCUCACUCUUAGUGGAAGAGAUUCGAAAUGGCAUGUAACUGACUAUGAUCUUGGAGGAACAACACUUCUCUACUCCACAGCAGAAAUCUUCACCUGGAAGAAAUUCGAUAGUAAGACUGUUUUGGUCGUUUAUGGUGGACCAGGAGAAUUGCAUGAAUUGGCUAUAGUUACGAAGAGCUCAGCAACAAUUGUUGAGGGUAAGGGUGUGACAACGAAGAGUACUAACGGCACAACGAUUCUUAACUGGCAAACAUCUUCGACACGUAGAGUUGUUAAGGUUGGUAGUGUGUUUGUUUAUAUUUUGGAUCGGAAUAGUGCGUACAAUUAUUGGGUGGCAGACUUUGUGAGAAAUGAUAAAUGGGGUGCAUUCUCAACAAGUAUCGACAAGACAUCUUCCGUCAUCGUAGAAGCUGGUUAUCUCGUCCGAACCGUUUCUACCCAAGGUUCAGAUCUUCAUAUCACCGGUGAUCUCAACGCUACAGUUCCAUUUAAAGUCAUUGGCGCGCCUAAAGGAACCAAAAAUCUCUACUUCAACUCCCAAAAGAUUUCGUACAAAACCGAUUCUACAACCGGUGAACUCUCUUCAACACUCACCUACACGGCGCCCAAGAUAUCUCUCCCAGACCUCUCAACUCUCAACUGGAAAUACCUCGACAAUCUCCCCGAAAUAAAAUCCACCUACGACGACUCGGCCUGGACUCUCGCCAACAAAACCUCCACCAAUAACCCCUUCCUCAAUCCCCUCCUCACCCCCACCGUCCUCAAUGGUCCAGACUACGGCUACAGCACCGGCGUCCUCAUUUUCCGCGGCCACUUCAUCUCCACCGGCAACGAAUCCUCCCUCUCCCUCACCACUCAAGGCGGUUCCGCCUUUGGAUCCUCCGUCUGGCUCAACUCCACCUACAUAGGAUCCUGGACCGGCGCCGACUACGCCGAAUCCAAAACCACCACCCACAUCCUCCCAAACCUCACCGCCGGAUCCAAAUACACCUUCACAAUCCUAAUAGACAACAACGGCCUCGACGAAAACUGGACCGUCGGCGUCGAGGAAAUGAAAUCGCCUCGCGGUAUCCUCAAAUAUUCCCUAGUAGGCAGACCUCAAAAUGCAAUUACAUGGAAACUCACAGGUAAUCUCGGCGGCGAACAAUACAUAGAUCAAGUUCGCGGUCCGCUCAAUGAAGGCGGUUUAUAUGCAGAGAGACAAGGGCUCACGCAGCCCGAUCCUCCGAUAAAUGAUAAAUCGUACGCCUGGAGUGAGAAAUCUCCUAUUGAGGGUAUUAAGAGUGCGGGCGUAGGCUUCUACACGAGUACCUUUGUGUUGGAUCUGCCGAAGGGGUAUGAUGUUCCGCUGAGUUUCAAUUUUGGAAAUUCGACGGGCGGGAAUGGGACAACGGAGACGAGUGCUUAUAGAGUGCAGCUUUGGGUUAAUGGUUGGCAGUUUGGUAAAUAUGUUAAUAAUGUUGGACCGCAGAGGAGUUUUCCGGUGCCGCAGGGCAUCCUAAACUACAACGGCCAAAACACCCUAGCAAUCGAACUCUGGGCCCAACAAGCUUCAGGCGCCGCUCUCACCAAUUUUACUUUGACGGCUGGAAUACCUGUGCUAACAAGUUUGAAAGCGCCGGCUUUGGUGGUUAGUCCGGGGUGGAAGGUUAGGGUGGGGGGGUAUUAG